AUGGGUGUGCAAAAGGAAGAUGUGGAAAAAUUCCUUAAAGAGAACCCGGCAUUUGCUCAAAAGUACUAUGCCAAGAAGAUGAACCCUUCUUCCAUCGCGAAGAUCUCAGGACUUCCAGAGAAGCAAGUGGACUUCAGUCAGUUUCAAGAGCUCACUCAGGUUGAAGAAAGCCUAAUAAUGUAUGACCUGAUCAAAGAUAUGCAAGAGAGCAUCAACAUGGAAAAAGUUGUCUUCAAGAUCUUGAAAAGGCUGGGUGCGCUCAUCCAUUCUGACUGCUGCAGCCUUUUCAUGUACCGGCAGCGGAACGGCAUCGGAGAGCUGGCCACCAGGCUCUUCAACGUCACCACAGAUUCGGUGCUGGAGGACUGCGUGGUGCCGCCAGACUCAGAGAUAGUCUACCCACUGGAUCUGGGAAUAGUUGGCAAUGUGGCCCUGACAAAGAAGACUGUUAAUGUGAAAGAUGUCAAAGAGAGCCAGCACUUCAGCUCAUUCGUCGAUGAACUCACAGAUUACCAGACCAAGUGUGUUCUGGCUGCACCCAUCCUCAACGGCAAAGACAUGGUGGGAGUGAUCAUGUGUUUGAACAAGACCACAGGUCCAUAUUUCACAGCUGAAGAUGAAGAUCUGUUCAUGAAAUACCUGAAAAUCGCCUCUCUGAACUUAAAGAUCUUCCACCUGAGUUACCUCCACAACUGUGAGACACGUAAAGGACAGGUACAGAACUCGACUUUUUCAAGCUUCAGGCUACGCAGCGCGUAUUCAAAACAGUUCCAGAACGGUUAUAAUCCUGCAGCAACACUCAUUGCUGCGCGCGUGUUUCAUGUUUUCCAGCUCCUGCUGUGGUCUGCCAACAAGGUUUUUGAAGAACUGACAGACAUUGAGCGACAGUUUCACAAAGCCUUGUACACAGUCCGAGCCUACCUCAACUGUGACCGCUACUCUGUUGGUUUACUUGACAUGACCAAGGAAAAGGAGUUCUUUGACAUCUGGCCUGUGCUGAUGGGGGAGCAAGCCCCUUACUCUGGCCCUGUAACUCCUGACGGCAGGGAGGUCAUUUUCUACAAAGUGAUUGACUACAUCUUACAUGGAAAAGAAGAAAUUAAAGUCAUACCGAGUCCACCAGCAGAUCACUGGGCAUUGAGCAGCGGCCUGCCCACUUAUGUUGCUGAGAGUGGUUUUAUUUGUAACAUUAUGAAUGCAGCUGCUGAUGAGAUGUUCCAGUUUCAGAAAGAGCCGCUGGACAGCAGUGGCUGGACCAUAAAAAAUGUUCUCUCACUUCCCAUCGUCAACAAGAAAGAAGAGAUAGUCGGCGUGGCAACAUUUUACAACAGAAAAGAUGGAAAGCCUUUUGAUGAUCAAGACGAGCAGCUCAUGGAGGCUUUGACUCAGUUCCUUGGAUGGUCAGCUCUGAACACGGACACUUAUGACAAGAUGAACAAGCUUGAGAACCGGAAAGACAUUGCUCAGGACAUGGUGCUCUACCAUGUGAAAUGUCGGGAUGAUGAAAUUCAGAAUAUACUGAAAACAAGAGAGGUCUAUGGCGUUGAACCCAGGGAGUGUGAAGAAGAGGAGCUCCUCGAUAUUCUGAAAAAAGAACUUCCUCCAUUGAUCAAGAAAUUUGAGAUCUACGAGUUCCGCUUUUCGGAUUUUAACUGCACAGAGAUGGAGCUGGUGAAGUGUGGCAUCCAGAUGUACUACGAAAUCGGAGUGGUCAAGAAGUUCCAGGUCCCUCAAGAGGUGCUGGUUCGUUUCAUGUACUCAGUCAGCAAGGGUUACAGAAAGAUCACCUACCAUAACUGGCGCCAUGGCUUCAACGUGGGACAGACCAUGUUUACGCUAUUAACGACAGGGUUGCUGAAGCGAUACUACACUGACCUGGAGGUAAUGGCCAUGGUCACGGCUGGAUUCCUGCAUGAUAUUGAUCACAGGGGAACAAACAACUUGUAUCAGGUCAAGUCUGGUAAUCCUCUGGCCAAGUUGCAUGGCUCCUCUAUCCUGGAGCGCCACCAUCUAGAUUUUGGAAAGUUCCUACUAUCUGACGAGUCGCUGAAUAUAUACCAGAACCUGAACAGGCGACAGGUAGAUCAUGUUAUUCAUCUCAUGGACAUCGCCAUCAUCGCCACCGACCUGGCUCUUUAUUUCAAGAAGAGAACCAUGUUCCAAAAAAUUGUGGACCUCUCAAAAACAUAUGAAGAUGAAAAGAAAUGGGUGGACUUCAUGUCUCUAGAAACAACCAGAAAAGAGAUUGUCAUGGCCAUGAUGAUGACUGCGUGCGACUUAUCUGCUAUCACGAAGCCCUGGGAAGUACAGAGCAAGGUUGCCUUGUCUGUGGCUGCAGAGUUUUGGGAACAGGGAGAUUUGGAAAGGACAGUUUUAGAGCAACAACCCAUUCCCAUGAUGGACAGAAACAAAGCAGCAGAGCUUCCAAAGCUGCAGUGUGGUUUCAUUGACUUUGUCUGCACGUUUGUCUACAAGGAGUUUUCUCGCUUUCACCCACAAAUCCAGCCGAUGCUGGAUGGCAUCCUUAACAACAGGAAAGAGUGGAAUGCUAAAAAAGAGGAGUAUGAGGCUGGUCUCAAAGCCAUAGAGGAAGAGAAGGCUGCAAAAGAGGCUGCAGCAGCAGCCAAAGGUACUGUGACUCUUUAA